CUGGAGCUUGGUACUUCAGGAACAUGGGUAGCAAAACAAGAUCCAUGCAUUUUGUUUUUUGGUGUCUUUACUUCAUGCUCCUACAUUUGUUUUGCACAGCACAAGAUGAGGACAUGAGAUUAAGUUGCAGGACGGCACCAAGCGAUUUAGUGUUCAUACUGGAUGGAUCGUGGAGCGUGGAUGACGUAAACUUUGAAAUUGUCAAACGAUGGUUGGUGAAUAUUACGAUAAGCUUCAACAUUGGUCAGAAAUUCACCCAGGUUGGGGUAGUGCAAUACAGCGAUGAACCUUACUUACAUAUACCGCUGGGAAAACACUUCUCAAGCCGGGACCUCAUCAAGGCCAUGGAGUCUAUAGAAUAUAUGGGAGGAAACACGAACACAGGGAAGGCCAUCAAAUUUGCCAGCGACAAACUUUUUGCUUUUUCUGAGCGAGGUCCAAACGGCAUUGCAAAAAUCGCUGUGGUUCUGACGGACGGGAAGUCCCAAGAUGAAGUAAUGGCUGCUGCGGAGGCAGCGAGGAAAAAGGGCAUAAUUCUUUUCGCAAUCGGCGUCGGGUCUGAAACAGAGGAGGCGGAGCUCAGGGCCAUUGCCAACAAACCGUCAUCCACCUAUGUUUUCUCAGUGAAAGACUAUAAAGCAAUUGCAAAGAUCCGUGAAGUUAUUAGGCAGAAGCUGUGCGAAGAGACAGUAUGCCCAAAAAAGAUUUCCAUAGAUUCUCGAGAUGAGAAGGGAUUUGACAUUCUUCUUCAUCUAAACUUGGCCAAAAAAACCAAAAAGACACAGGGAUCAUUUUAUGGCAGCAAAGCUUACCAGGUGACGUCCCGAGUUGACCUCAGUGAGAGCACUAGGACAUUAUUUCCAGGAGGACUUCCACCAUCCUAUGUUUUUGUGUCCACGCUGAAGUACAAAGGCUCUGUGGUUAUGGAGAACUGGGAUCUAUGGAGGAUACAGACCAAAGAUGAAAAGCCUCAAAUGGCAGUAACUCUAAAUGGAUUAGACAGAACAGUGAUAUUCACAACAACCAGCAGUUCAGCAAGUGGAACUCAAACUGUGGUCUUUACUAAGACACCUGCUAGGAAACUAUUUGAUGAAAAAUGGCAUCAACUACGUCUUCUGGUAACAGAAGAGGACGUCACGCUGUAUGUUGAUAAUCUUGAAAUAGAAACUUUGGCAUUGGAGCCUCCUGUUGGAAUUUUUAUUAAUGGAAAAACGCAGGUUGGAAAGUACGUCAGCAAAGAAACAACUGUACCCUUUGAAAUACAGAAACUCAGAAUAUACUGUGACCCUGAGCAAAAUAACAGAGAGACUGCCUGUGAAAUACCUGGAGUUUGUGCUAAUGUACCAGGGGAUAUUGACCCAACCCCAGAGCCCUGCAUCUGUCCACCUGGGCCACCCGGUACACCAGGACAGAAGGGAGAACAGGGCAGAACCGGAGAUCCAGGUCAACCUGGUCCUGUUGGUGCUGAUGGUAAGCCUGGUGUCCCAGGUCCUAGAGGUAGCCCUGGCCUUCAAGGACCUUCUGGCAUAGAGGGGCCACGUGGAGCUGUUGGACAUAAGGGAGAAAAGGGAAGCCUUGGGGAAACAGGUGAAAGAGGUAUUCCGGGCCUACCCGGGAUACCUGGUAAACCGGGCGAAAAGGGUUCUGUUGGCAAUCAAGGCAUACAAGGGCCACCAGGCAAAGAUGGUCAAAUGGGAGAAAAAGGAAGUACAGGGUCCAUAGGUCCACCUGGAUAUCCGGGACAGCCUGGAGCAGUUGGCCGAGAUGGGAAAGUUGGAAUUCCAGGAGCAAUUGGGCAAAAGGGAGACCCAGGACCACCUGGAAUUCCUGGAGUGGAUGGACGAGAGGGACAUCCUGGCAUGCCAGGCACACCUGGAAAUGAUGGUCCAAUAGGAAUAAAGGGUGAAGCUGGCAUGACCGGGUAUAAAGGAGCCAAAGGUGUAGCUGGAGACCCUGGAGAGAUGGGUUUGCCUGGACUACCCGGUUCAAUUGGAAAACCUGGCCCUAAGGGUAGUAAAGGAGAUAGUGGGCAGUCGGGUAAUCCAGGACUUCCAGGGCCAGAGGGUAAACCAGGAGAGCCUGGGACAGCUGGCCAGCCCGGACAUCCAGGAAUUCCAGGAUCACUAGGACAGAAGGGCCAACAAGGAGAUAAUGGAGAACGAGGGGCAGAGGGGUUAAAAGGUGAAAAGGGAGACCCUGGGAAACCUGGUAUUCAUGGUUCGGCUGGGCCAGCUGGUCAAAAAGGCGAGAAAGGGACAACAGGAGAGGCCGGCCAUAGGGGUCAGACUGGCCAUCAGGGGCCCCCUGGACAGCCAGGACCAGUGGGGCCCUCAGGGCCCAGGGGACAGAGUGGUGAAAUUGGACCACCUGGACCAGCUGGAUCUGAGGGACGACCUGGCAGAGAGCUGUCUGAGCAACAUAUUCGACAGAUAUGCAGAGACGUCCUUCAAUCUGAGAUUCCAGCAAUCCUUUUGAAUAGCCAACACAAUCAUAACAGAAGAUGUGAGCACUGCUACAUGAAGAGGGGACCGGCCGGGCAACCGGGGCCUGCAGGACCAAAGGGCUCACAGGGGUUCCCAGGUUUACCUGGUUCCAAUGGACUGCAAGGUCAGCGGGGUUUACCUGGACGCCCUGGUAUCCCUGGCACUAAAGGUGAUCCAGGAGAGAAAGGCGAAAAAGGAAGACAAGGAAGGGCAGAAAUUGGAGAUCCAGGUCUCCCAGGUUCACCAGGUCCUAUCGGCCCAACAGGGGUCGGCAAACCGGGUCACCCGGGUAAGCCAGGCCCACCUGGACAUAAUGGGGCAGAGGGAAAGAGAGGAUACCCCGGCGAGCCGGGUCAACCGGGAGUGUGCCAUCCAUCGAUGUGCUACAGCGCGAUGUUACGAAGAGAUCCAUUCAGUAAAGGGCCAAACUAUUGAAACAGCUUGAAUAUGGUGCUGCUCAGACAGUGAAAGUAACUCUCAGGAUAAUCAUGUUUUUCAGAAGUGUCUCCCACUCGUGGACACAUGAAGUACCUCUUCAAUUGUAAAUAAUAUGAUGUUGCCUACAUUAACACCAGCGACGGUCCGUGUCUUACGUCAGCCCUUGUUUUUCUGUGUCAUAAGAUGAGAUGUACCAUGAUUUCUCCGUGCUGUUUGUCAUGAAAAGUAAAAACACACGAAAAGCAUCCACUGUAAGAAGCUUUUCAGCACUGGCAGUGGAAAUUCUGCCUAGACCUCGGCUUAUAUCUUCACUCUCUAGCUCCCCCAUGUGGCUCUUAACCAUCGCCAGUGAUCUCAUUUUAUUUAUAAUAGCAGAUUUGUUGUUUGUUUUGUGAUUGUGGCUUUUGUCAGCCUUCACUUUUGCAGUGUUGAUGUAAACUGCAAGGCUCCAUAGGCUUGAGCUAUUUUGUGUGUGAUGUUUUUGACUGCAGUGCUCUUUCUUAUAUCUACAGUAUUGUUAUUUCUAAUGUCUCUCAGUGUUAUCAUUAUGACCACUAUCACCUUUCUGACCAAUGAAUUUACAUAAUCUUUCUAGUUGUCUUUCUAGGGCUUUGAAUAAAUUGAAUACAUUUUAGGAUAUGGAAUUGCCAGCUGCCUAUAAGUUGAAAUAUGCAAAUGAAUGAUAAGAAUUGUGAAGACUUGCCCUAAAUCGUCUUUUCCAGGCACUUCCAAUUACAAUGUCAAAGUACCUUGUUAUUUUCACUCAAAUUUUGGAAAAAAAAUUAUUAGAUGGCCUUUGGUUAUAAAUAAUAAACAUGUGCUGGGUUGUUUCCCUCCCUGAUUGGGUAACAACAACUCGGCAUAUGCUUAUUUAUAUCCCAGCUUCUUCUUUCUAAUAAUGUUUUUUUCCCCGAAAUUUAUGUUCUGUCCAAUAUUCACCCAGCCUUGGAUUAAAGUGUAACUUUUAUAUAGAUAUUUCACUAUUAGAAAUGCUAAAUUGAAUGCACUUUUUAUCAAUAAAUGAUCAAAACAGACACAUAGGAACAUUCUUUUGUUUUUUGAGUAAUAAAAGGUGUGUCAUACAAUGCAAUAAUAAUUACUUUGGGGUUGUUAUUUAUACGAACUGUUGUAGCAGUUACAGCAAUUCCAGCCAUUUUUUUUAAUGUGAUUGAAUGACUUUUGAUAAUAGUAAUUAAAACCUUUAUUACAUUU